AUGACUACAAAUUUAUCAAAAGAAGAAAUUCUACAACAACUUAAUGAAACAAUGAAAACAGAUCCAAACAUUAAAAUUACUAUUACGAUUAGUCAAGCAUUAGAAUAUCUUGAUGCCAGUAUUGAAAACAAUAAUGGACAAUUAAAAACAACUAUUUAUCAUAAAUCAGCUUGGGAACCUCAUAUUCUACCUUAUGAAUCUGAUCAUCCACGACAUGUUCAUGUCAAUAUAAUUUAUACUAUGUUAGUUCGAGCAGCAGGUAUCUGUUCAACUGUAGAAAAUUUUGAUAUAGAACGACUAAGUGCAGAAAUGUUAUUAAUAGUUAACGAUUAUCCACCAAAAUUUAUACAACAACACAUAAAAAAUUUCUUUAUUCAACAUGAUGCUAUGAAUGUAUAUCAAAUUUAUCUUCAUUAUACAUUUGAAAAUGGACCACUAUUAGAUUUCAAAAAAGAAUAUCGUCAAAUAUGGCAAAAGUUCUAUGUUUAUCCAGGAUCACGUCUUAAAAAUACACGACUUAUUCUUGGUACAAUAUUGAAUCGUACAUUACAAAGUCUCUUCAUUCACAAAAAACCAAAACGUGAUAUGUUGACCCUCAUGCAACCAAGUACCGAAGCAGCACGAAGAUCAAUCAACGAAAAACCUCCUCAGCAAUAA